AUGGCUCGCUCGCUAGAAGUCGGCGUUGGCUCUAAGCAUGUCGCUAGUGUCUGCCUGGCGCUAGCAUGCUCGUUGGCAUGCUCGCCGGCGUGCUUCGCUAACGCCGAUGCCGACACACUACCGUUGUUGUUGGGGCGAAGCACCGGCGUAGGGCCGGUGUAUGGGCCGGCACUACACGUCCGACAUGGGGGCUACCUGGCUUGUGGAGGUGCAACAAGCCC